CACCAUCAUCAACAUCAUCAUCAUCUAUACCAUCAUCAUCUAUACCAUCAUCAUCAUCAACAUCAUCAUGGCCCAAUCAUUUCCUUUCAUAAUUUCCCAACAUUAGCAGCCUGGGUGGUAACAACGACAACAACAACUCUGGCGCUAUCCUCACCACGACGCUGGCCACGAGGAACUUAUCUGUGGCCACGAUGAAUAGGAAGACUGAUGGAGUGAAGAAGCGAAAGUCGACCUCUGUGAUGCAGCUUGUGGGAUCUUCCGACAUCAGCACGACAGGCGAAGACGCUGACGUCAGAGUGAUGAAGCGAUCCAAGACCAUCAUUGGCCUGUGGAACCCGAUGGGCGGGGCCUCGCAGACGCCAGCCAAUCAGACAGCGGCGACGGCCGUGGCACUGCCCUCGCCUCCAGCCAGCAAAGCUGAAGACACAAAUUCGAGGAAGAUGGAGGUCGUCAAGGUGACGGAGGAACUCAUCGAGGCGAUCAACAAUGGCGACUUUGAGGCCUACAGGCGGAUGUGUGAUCCGUGCGUGACGUCCUUCGAGCCUGAGGCGCUGGGGAAUCUGGUGGAGGGCGUCGAAUUUUACCGCUUCUUCUUUGAGAACGUAGUCGACUCUGCCCGCCCUGCCCGCACGACGCUGCUGCUCCACCCCCGUGUCCACCUGCUGGGCGACGACGCCGCCUGCGUGGCCCUCGUGAGCCUCGCGCAGGGCCCCGCGGGGAUGUCCGACGUUCCGCGCCCAAGCCGCGUCGAGGAAACCCUCCUGUGGGGGAGGAGCCACGACCAUGGCCGCUGGCUCCUCCUCCACGCCCAUCGCUCCCGGCUCGCGGCCAAUCGGAUGUGAAGGGGUCUCAGUGGGCCACGCCCCUUGGCUCCGCCCCCCCACCUUCCGCCGUGGGGUGGCCAUCGAUUGGCUGGAGGUGGUUGGCCAAUCGGAUGUGAGGCGGCCUCUGCGGGCUACGCCCCUUUCCACCCUUCUCCCUCCCCCCUCCCUCUGCCGGGGGGUGGACAUUGAUUGGCUGGAGGUGGUUGGUCAAUCGGAUGUGAGCACCCCCACCCACAGCACCCGCCUGCCCGCCCUCCGCCGGGGGGGCCAUCGAUUGGCUGGAGCUGAUCGGCCAAUCGGCCAAUCGGACCUUGUGUGUGGGUUGGUGGACAUUCAAUUAAUUUGGUCUCAGCCAAUCGGGAUUCAAGAGAGAGAGGGGUGGUUACUGCUCAGCCAAUUGGAUUUGAGAGGUUACCGCUCAACUUAUCGGAUUCAAGGAAUCUUGAUCAACCAAUCGGAUUCAAGGAACGUGGCUCAACCAAUCGGGUUGAAGGUUACCGCUCAACCAA